AUGUCUAACACUUCAUCUAAUAUAGGGUCGCAUAGUCUUGUAGUGAAAUCUUUGAAGGUAGAGGAAAAACAGUCGCCAAGGUUCAAAUGCAGUCAUUCGGAGAAUGGGUUAAAAAUUAGCAGCAAAGGUAUCAAACAAAAAAUCGUUAAUAAAGUACGAUCUUGGAGUAGUAGAGAUAAAUAUUCGGUGGACAAUAACAUGAAAGUUGAAACGUUGUUAGGUAAAAAUCAAAUAAGUGAGGAAGAUCUUGAAUCAAUGGAAAACAUCGCGGAUUCCAAUCUAACCAGAGCUAGGGGUAGCUUAGAGAACCUUUUGAAAGAUGAGUCUGAACCUGUUAGUGACGAAUGGAGAUGUCGGUCUUUAUCUGUGGCGUCUGGUUCGAGUCCAAAAAACUCGCCUGACUCUCCUAAAUCUACCCCAGACACUUCCAGAAAUGCCAAACAUCUUUUAUGGGACCCGUUCGAUAAGAAAGGAAGAAAGAACAGAAAAGAAUUGGGAAGAAAAAAGAAAAAGAAUAAGAAUAAAGUGGAAGUGCCGAAACAGGAGUGCUCCUCUAUACCGAUGGAAGGUAAAUCGUGUCUAUCAAAGCCUUUGGAAAAAGAGAAAGAACACGAAACAGAAACUGUCGAAGAAGAGUAUACUUAUAAAUAUAAAUAUUUUCCAAAAAAUAGUAAAUCUGUUGUGUUUACAAAUGAAGUGUUUGUGGUGUAUUUUAAUGAACAAGAUGUAGUCUCCGAGGCUAAGGAACCUUUAAAAAAAGACAUUGAUCAACAAGAAAGAAAUAAAGAAAUGAGGCAUGGGCACUUAUUGAAAACUCAAGAAAAAUAUAACCUGUGUCUUUACUGA